AUGGGCUGCACAUGCAGCAAGGCUGAGCCCAGCAAUCCCACCUUGCUGACGCGGCCACAGCAAAAGGCCGGCGCAAAGCCCUCAAAAAGGAGCUUGGCGGCUUGGGAGCUGCAGCUGCUGCAUGUGAGUCGCGAGCUUCAGGUGAAGUUGAAGGAUCCACACUUCGUGGCGCAGCGCUGCGACCUCGACUGCUCUGGAGACCUAGACGUGCAUGAGCUCAAGCAAGCGACUCGGGCCUUCGGAUUCAAGUUCUCGGCGCCGCAGUUGCUGAAGCUCAUGGCCGGGCAGCCUCGGAUCUCCAAGGAACGCUUUGCUGAGAUCGUGGUGAAUGAGGUGGAGGCUGAGCAGGUGCGGCCCAGUAUCCCUCAUUCCUUACGAGGCAUGGCGCUGGGGCAGUUGCAGCACCUGGAGGAUUUGUUCAUCAACACCGGUUGGCUGCCUGCGCAGUGCGAAGCUUUCAACUUGGAACACGCAGAUGCCAUCAGGCAGAAGAAGAAGUUCGGCCAGGCGGCCAACCUCUACGCCAUGGACAGCUAUGUGGUGACUCCCAUGUCAAGACCCGGCCACUGUUCAGCUCGUGAUCAGGAUGCUUUGUGCAGCGUGCCGCCAGCAUCGGACACAACUUCUUUCUCCGAACUCGUCAACGCACAUGGUCUCAUUGUCCACAGCUUUGUGUCGCAUUUCUGGGGGCAUCUUUUCAGUCAGACGGUGACAGCAUUGCAGCGUUGGGCCGAGAUGAGUUUCCAAGGCAUUGGCCAGGAUUCUCCCAAAUCUGUAGUCUUUUGGAUUUGUCUCUUUGCACUCAACCAACACGCUGUAGCUGACGAGGUCGGGGAGAAUCCCAAACAAGGCCCAUUCAAUGCAGCACUGGCGCAAGCAGAGAGUGGUGCAGUCAUGGUCUUGGAUGAGGAGAUCAACCCCUUCAAAAGAAUAUGGUGCCUCUUCGAGAUCUCCCGCCUGAAAGAUCUGAAUCGGCCCUUUGAGCUGAUUUGUCACCUGGGUUCGCUUUCAAGGCCUGAGAGCCUCGCAGCGAGCGGGGCCGACCCCGCUGCCCUGGAAGCCAUGCUGGAGGCCACAGACUCUGCGCUGCACCAGGUGUCAGCAGCCAAGGCACAGGCUUCAGUUGACGAAGACAGGAUCCGCAUUUGGGAAGAGAUUGCUGAUAUUGGUGCAAAGAAAGGACUUGUUGUCCUCCGUCCAGCUCUUCGAGCCGAGCUCGAGGUUGACACAGAGGUGGCCGCAAACAUCGUGGAGACCUUCUGCCCCGAAUUUGAUCGGCACUGUCAGACACUGCUGUCAACUGCUAUGCUGCAGUUUUACUUGCUGUAUGAUCGACAUGCAGCAGCUGCCAGGUGCUGUAAGCGUGGCGCGUUGUUUACGAAGGAGCAAUUUGCAGAGAUAGAUGCGAAGGUUCCGAACUUGGAGAGACCCUCCUGGUUGGCCAAUUUGCUGGUGCAUGCUGCUGGUGGUGGCGACGAUUCAGUGGUCAACCUGUUGCUGGACCAUGGGGCAGAUGUGGCAGCUGCAAAGAACAAUGGUGGCACUGCGCUGAUGGUUGCUGCUUUUGGUGGCCAUUUGGCAGUGGCCAAACUGUUGCUGGACCAUGGGGCAGAUGUGGCAGCUGCAGAUAGCAAUGGUGGCACUGCGCUGAUGGGUGCUGCUUUUGGUGGCCAUUUGGCAGUGGCCAAACUGUUGCUGGACCAUGGGGCA